AUUCAAAGUUAGUUGUUGACUACUGUUCGACGAAAGAAGAAAUUGAUCUUGGUUACUGAGAUUCGUAAGGACGUGAGUUGCGGUCUGAAUUCGUGAGGCGAAAGUCAGGAGUCUGAGUUCUCGUGUCAUAAUGAAGAUUCUCUUUGCAUUUGUAGUCGUUCAGCUGAUUGCUGGGAUCUCAUGUUCCGAUUCUACCGAAAAAAAAAUUCCAUCAAAUCCACAGUUAAUUUUGGAACUGUGGAUCACCAUACUGAGAGAGAGUCUUUUUGAUGACUUGGAUAGGGAGGAUGCGACUGUUAAGCAAGCCGUGAUCGACAAGUGCACAAAGAAUGGUGGACCCACGGCGUACGACGAUGCUGAGAAAAGCUUGCAGAGCCUGCGAAAUUCGAUACGUGCUGUGAUCAACGACACUGUGAAUCAGACUCCGACGGUCAAUUUCGAAUCAUGGAACGAGCAGGAACAGAUCCCUAAACUUUGUAACACGGUUAAGACUGUGAUGAACUGGACUAAGCCAGCUCUAGAUUCAGUCAGACCUUGCCUGGACGAAGGGGAACGCGCGACUGGAGACGUCAUGUACAAUAUGAGAAUCGCAGCUGUGGAUUUCGUCUGCGGGAACAACGGAAGUAACCUCCUUUCAUUUUACAGGGCCCAUGGCUUAGAGUGUAGCAUUAGAAAUGCUCGGACAAAAUGUUCCCUGAGAGAGUCGUACCACAAUAAUUCAACCGUCACCACUUACGCCCGGAUCGCUGGAGCGCCAUGGUCUUAUGAACCAUCUUACCCAAGUGUGAACGAUUGCAGGAAAAUUCGGAGAGUCAAAACCUGCGGGGUCGAAAGAUUGAGUGGAUGCGAGCAAUCGGAACCUUCAAAUUUGGUGUAUUCCACAUUUGAUGCUAUCGAAAAAGCAGCAGGCUGUGACAACAUACUCAAAGCGCAGGAACCUUCUGCGGCCUGAAAACAAGAGGACUGCGGAGGCUAGGAGGAAGGUGAGACCUUCACUAUUUCGCAAGGCUUUCGAUGUAGUUUUAGUACAGUAUCCAGGACACGUCGAGUGAUAUUUUUUUAUGAGCUUGGAAUCUCGUGGA